GCCAAAGCAAAAGGAGGCGGAAGACAAAGCUUUGAAUAGUUAUUAGGUUAUGUGAUGUUCGUACCUGAAGACAGGUUCGAAUAAUCAAAUUGCCACCGACUAGUUGCUCUGGAGCAUUUACAAACAAUUGAAUACUGUAGUUAAACAAACCGAACCAAAUCAAGAUGAAGCGAAAGUUUGCCGAACUUGAGAGCGGAGAGAACACUUCAGGUGAGAAGAGAACAUGGGCCUUAGGACUGCUAAAGGCCAUGAACAAUCCCAACUCGGUACUGAAAACCGAUAACAAAGUGACAAUGAUUAAAGACCUUUACCCGAAAGCCAGGCAUCAUUUCCUGGUGUUGCCCAAUAAAGAUAUCAGCGACUUGAAAACGGUUCAGCCCGAACACCUGGGAAUGUUGAGACACAUGGAUAAAAUCGCUAAGGAAUAUGUGCAGGAAAAUUACCCGGGAGUUAACUUCAUGAUCGGUUAUCAUGCGGAAGCCAGCAUGCAUCGGUUGCACUUGCAUGUAAUCAGUGACGACCUGGAUUCCACAGCAAUGAAAACGAAGAAGCACUGGAACAGUUUUGCGACCAAGUUUUUUAUCAAUUCGAAAGAUAUUCGACAAAGUUUGGCCAACAACGGCUCUGUCCAGCUUCCUUCUAAAGAACAAUGUAAACAAUAUCUAGAUACUGCCUUAAAAUGUCACAAGUGCGACUUCAAGCCCAAGCAUAUGCCGGACUUGAAAAAGCACAUAUUAACUCACCUUAAGUAGUAAGGGGAAUUAUUUACAUAUCUUUUGUUCAAAUGGUUCAUUCAAUAUCUAAAUAAAUUAUGAAUAACGGAUAA